AUGACGGGCUACAGAACUGGCUACCCUUAUCGAUACCCUGCUCUGAGAGAGAAAUCUAAAAAGUACAGUGAUGUGGAGGUUCCUGCGAGUGUCACAGGCUACUCCUUUGCUAGUGAUGGUGAAUCAGGCACUUGCUCCCCUCUCAGACACAGUUUUCAGAAGCAGCAACGAGAGAAGACAAGGUGGCUGAACUCUGGCCGGGGUGACGAACCUUCUGAAGAAGGGCAGAAUGGAAGCAGUCCCAAGUCGAAGACUAAGUGGACGAAAGAGGAUGGGCAUAGAACUUCCACCUCUGCUGUCCCUAACCUGUUUGUUCCAUUGAACACUAACCCAAAAGAGGUCCAGGAGAUGAGGAACAAGAUCCGAGAGCAGAACUUACAGGACAUUAAAACAGCUGGCCCUCAGUCCCAGGUUUUGUGUGGUGUAGUGAUGGACAGGAGCCUCGUCCAGGACGCACCCCUCUCUGACUGUACGGAAACUAUCGAAGGGCUCGAGCUUACAGAGCAGACCUUUAGUCCCGCUAGAUCUCUCUCUUUUAGAAAGGGGGAGCUGGUGACGGCCUCCAAGGCCAUCAUUGAGAAAGAGUACCAGCCCCACGUCAUCGUGAGCACCACGGGCCCCAACCCCUUCAACACGCUCACGGACCGGGAGCUGGAGGAAUACCGGAGGGAGGUGGAGCGCAAGAGGAAGGGCUGUGCAGAGAAUCUGGAUGAGACGACAGAGCAGAAAGAAAAGAGUCCUCCAGACCAGUCCGCCGUCCCGCACACACCCCCCAGCACGCCCAUCAAGCUCGAGGAAGACCUUCCACAGGAGCCGACUUCUGGAGACGACAGUGACGCUGCCACCUUCAAGCCGACUCUCCCUGACCUGUCCCCUGACGAGCCUUCAGAAGCGCUUGGCUUCCCGGUGUUAGAGGAGGAGGAGGAAGCCACUGGACCCCCAAGCCCCACCAAAGCCCCCCCUGAGGCCAGCCCUGAGCCAGCGCCAGCCCCGGUGGCUGGAGAGGCUGCCUCCGCCGCUGUGGAGGAGGGGGCUGCCGUGGACCCUGGCAGUGAGGGGUCCCCGGGCAAGUCCCCAUCCAAGAAGAAGAAGAAGUUCCGCACCCCGUCCUUCCUGAAGAAGAGCAAGAAGAGGAGCGACUCCUGAAGGCCGCACGGCACCGUCGUGUCCCAGGCCUGCCUAGCUCUGCCGGAGUCCCCGCUUGCAUCUCGUGUUCUGUCCCCUCGUGUAAUGGAAUGCAAAGAGCCACGCCCCCCACGUAGCUAGAGCGCCCGACCCACGUGCCCAGCCCCCUGCAGACUGGUGCCAACCGAGUGUGUGCUCAGCCGCCCCCGCUGUGCCCCCACGGGCCCUCGGCCUCAGGCUCUGGGGAGACGGGCUCCACUUGCUCUCCCCAUGGGUGGAGGGGGUGCUGAGUCAUGGUCCUGGCUGGAAGGUCCCCAAGGCUUCUGCCUGCUCUGGUUACAGGCUUCACCCCCAGAGCCUUGACUUCCUGUCGCUCUCCUCCCUAUCGCUCGGCUUCCCCCUGCACACACAGCGUCUCAGGUGACUCAGUCAGACUCGUGGCGUCCCGCUGACAUCAUCUGCUCAGUGGUCUCACUUUACUCUUGUACACAUAGGCUUGGUCCCCUGAAAAUACUCACAUGCCCGCCAACAGCCCUGGGCACCAUGGUCACUUUGAGGUGGCAGGUCUGGGCUGGACGCUGGGCCAGAAACCCAGUGUGGCACAUAGGCCUGUGCACACCCAGCCAACACUAUGCACGGUCUGACUGAUUACCCCUCGACCAGAAGCAGAUUCAGGAGCUCCUAGUUUCUACCCACUGGGGUCUCUGGAUUCCUGUCAUAGGGAAGGUAUUUCGGGAGGGGAAGAGUCCUUGCUUGAAUUUCCUUUCAGUGAGUUUGCAGUUCAACCUGCGUUUUUAACUGUGAACACCAAUGGGCCACUUCUUGCUUUGUUUUCUUUCUAGAGCCUGCAGCAGACUGCAUUUGAGCACUGUUUACCUAUACUGGGGAAGGUUUCGGAACUGAGUAGGGAUGCCCUGGUGUUGAUAAAAGGGAGUUCAAGGUAGAGUUCAAGGGACCCUGACGGUCCCUAACAUCUUGCAUCAUAUAUGGCACUGUAACUUGCUCUCCUUGACUGACACUUGUGAAUUUUCACAUCUCUGGCCGAGAGCUUGAAGCAGCCUGUAGGGAACUGGCAGGUGGCCAUGUGGAGUCCUUGAGGGAAACCCACUCCAGGAGCUGCCUGGUUCCAGCCUGACUAGCAGCAGGCAAGCCUUAGCCCCAGAUAGGCCUGCAGAGGGAGGAGGCCCCUGGCAGAGCUGGUGCCCGAUGUUGGCUUGGGUCCUGGGCCACCUCUGAUCUCACUGACUCAACACCCAAGCAAGACCUGAGGCUGGCUGUAUGGCACUGACCGCUGCUUCGAGCUUCCCUGGACCCUGCAGGGCCUGCUCCACUCGUAAGCAAGCUGCUUCUCUUCUGUGUACCGUUACGUUGCCAAGGUGGUACUGAAGUUCUGCACCUCACCCCGUACUCCACCUGACCAUGGACUCUUCCUUGUAUCCCUUCCUUUUAUCCCACAUAUGCAAUGACUUUUAAUUUUCCCUUUUGUAUUUUAAUUCUUUGUAUUACAACAUGAACUAUAGUUGCAUAUAUGGACACAGACUUGGGAGUACAGGUCUUAUAUGUCCUUUCUUCAUUGUAACAUGUUUUACUCACAAAUAAAAUUCUUUAAUCAGUUUCCUUGUCUAAA